ACAUUUUGGAAACUGAACUGUCAAUGUCAACAAAUUUCACAAUUUCACAAGUACCCAAGCACACCACAAGUUAAUUACCUUUUAUUCUGCUGUGCAAAAAUGGAUAUUAAAAUAGAAGUGGAGGAUUAUCACGAUGAUCUUGAUUACAAUAUAGUGAAGGAAGAAUAUGAAGUGCAAGAACAAUCAUUCACCAAUGCAAACGAGGAUAUUGCCGAUUCCACAGAAGCUAUACGCAUUAAAACUGAAGAAAUCGCUGAAGAUGAACACAAACAAAUUGGUGUGGAGGAUGAUGAUGAAAUCAUUAGACCUAGAAAGAUUCCAAAAACAGAGCAAUAUGCAGAUGAAAAAAUGGAUAAAGCAUUAACUGCCAUUGCCAAUGGGAUACCCGUGUCAAAAGUGGCUAGAGAAUUCCAAAUUCCACGGACUACAUUGCGAAAUAUUUUCAGCAGGCAGUCACCGAAAGGAUUCGGAGAAUAUUCGAAUCAACGAAUCGGCAUCGGUGGGUCCAGAAAAGGCAUGAAAAAAGUACAAUAUUCAGAAGAGGAACUGGAUAAGGCAUUAUCGGCAAUUGAAUAUGGAAUACCCGUGUCACGAGUAGCUAGGGAAUUUCAAAUUCCCCGAACGACUUUGCGUAAUAAAUCUAGCGGAAAGUCGCCGAGAGGGCUCAAACGACACGGAGGAUACCAUAGUCUUCUAGGGCAGGAAACUGAAGAAACCAUUGCACAAUGGAUUGUUCAGUCAGCCAAUCAAGGAUUUCCAGUCAGUAGGGAAGGUCUUCUCACGACAGUCGAAAAACUUGUUACAGACUCGCCAGAUGUCGUGGGAUUUAAGGAGAAAAGACCAUCAAAGAAAUGGUAUUACAGUUUUCUCAAUCGUCAUCCUGAAGUUGCUGCGAAGAAAACCGAAUAUGUCAAUCGAACCAGACGAAAUAUAACAAAAGAGAAAAUUCACAAAUGGUUUAAGGACGUAGAGGCGCAACUGGAAAAUCAUAUGGCGAUCCUUCAACAUCCGGAAAGGAUAUUUAAUUUGGAUGAAUUGGUAGUUCAUCUCAAUGCCAAAGGUGAAUUGGUUCUCGGGCCCAUGGGGCGGCAUGUUUUCAUCGAAUACAACAAUGCAGAUAAAGAAAGUAUUUCAACAACCCUUUUUGUUAAUGCCACAGGAACUUUUGUACCUCCUCUCACUGUUUUCAAAUACGAAAGACUACCUGCAAUUGCUACCAAAUCUACUCCAUCAAAUUGGGACAUUGGAAAGACUGAAUCUGGAUGUAUGAAUCCAAAGUCAUUUUACGAAUACAUAACUGGUGUUUUUCUCCCAUUUUUGGAUGACAAAAAGAUAGAAAGACCAGUUGUAGUAUUCCUUGAUGGGCAUAGUGCCCAUUUGACUAUGCAUCUUAGCAGUUUUUGUAGAGAUCAAGGAAUAAUAUUAGUUGCACUUCCUCCAAAUGCCGCCUCUAUCUUGCAACCUUUCGAUAUUGCAAUAUUUCAGCCAAUUAAAGCUCGUUGGGGAUUUAUGAAAAGAGCCUGGAAAAAUGCUCAUGAUGGCAGAGAACCUACAAAAUUUGACAUCCCAAAUAUACUGGAAAAGGCUAUCAUGGAAGAUUACAUGGUACAAAAUAUCAUUUCAGGAUUUCGUACAACAGGAUUGUAUCCAUUUAAUGUAAAUUCUGUAGAUUGUAGCAAAAUCUAUGAAACAGACGAUGAGAAUAUAAAUGAGGGUUUCUCAAAGAACCAACAAAAUUCUCAAAGAAUUCUAAAAUCAUGCCUGGACGUGAUGGAAUCAAAGAUUUCACCUGAAAUUGUGAAUGACUUCAAGAAAACCCUAGAAGAAGGUGGUGAUUGGACAGGCGAUGUAAUAUACGAAGGUCUCUAUUAUGUAUGGAAGGAUCUCAUGUUAGAUAUGGAAGAAGCUUCUCUAAGAAAACAAGAAGUUUGUACAGAAACUACAGAUGAUUCCAUAAAAUGGUCAGGAUCACAAGAGUAGAAAAGCACGAUGAAUAAUAACAAUUGAUUAUAAAAAAAAAGAAAGCUAUCACAAAACAAAAAAAUAAUAAAAAGAAUAGAUUGUAAAACAUAUCUCUGAAUGAACCAGAAAAUGAAUUACUGAACUUUCGUUAAAUAUUUUAAUUCAAUUUAUUAACAAAAAAUGUCCAGUGAAGAAUUGACAGAAUCGAUCAUUCGUCAAACUGAUCCUUACUUCGUACAGUUAUUGAUACAGUGCCUCCUAUUUAAAAUAAAAUAAGAAUAAGAACAGAUGAUGGAGAUGGGUGACCUCUGUCUAUAUGCGUAAAGCCCCGCUUUGAGUUACAAUACUGAAUUUCUUGAUACUGACUCAUUACCUCCUAAUAGACUACUAUACAAAAUGUUACCAGAUUCUUACAAUAAGUUUGGAUUACGAUAAAAUAAAAUACUAAAUUAAAAUCUAAAUAAUCGCGUAGGGUAAGUGUGCCAAAUUCCGGCCAGCUUGCAAUUACGGCCACAUUUUUUGUUCUUCGAAUUUCCAUGAAUUUUUAGUUUUUGCAUACUCUUGAGAUUAAACAAUGCAAAAAAUAAUAAAAAAUAUCGCUUCGAGGAACAAAAUGAUGUGCAAAAGACUUUGGAAGAAUUUCGGAAGGGCAAGGAACUCUGAGAAUGAAGGAGGCCGAAACAGGCCACCAAUGCUAUGUCUACAUUUUUAUUCAUUUUAAAAUGUAUUAAGAAUGAUUUUAGAGAAAAUAAAGAUGAUAAACUGUC